AUGGAGUUUAAGUCUUUGAAGGAUUUUAAGAGUGCCCUACAGGAGAAUAGCGUGUUGAAUGGAAAAGAAGUGAAGUUUGUCAAGAAUGAUUUGAAGAGAGUAAGGGCAGUUUGUAAGAAAGGGUGUGGUUUUCUUAUUAUGGCUAGCAAGGUAGGAAGUAGCCAAACCUUUAGAGUCAAAACUCUAGUUGGGCACAAUUGUGGAAGGACUUUUGGAAGCAAAAGUGCAAGUGUAGAAUGGAUUGCACAGGUGUUGGUUGACAGAUUUGUGAAUGUUGCAGGGAUGACAGCCAUUCAAAUCAUAGAUGAAAUAAAAAAAUCAUAUAGUGUUGGAAUAACUUAUUGGAAGGCUGUAAGAGCUAAGAAAAUUGCAAUGGAUUGUUUAAUGGGUGAUGGAGAAAGACAAUAUGGUCGUCUGUAUGACUAUGUGGCUGAGUUAUUAAGAGUCAAGGCGACCUUCAAGAUUAAGGUCAAUCAACCCCAACCCACCUUGCCACCAAGGUUUGGGUCCUUUUACAUGUGUUUGGAGGACUGUAAGGAGGGUUUUUUAGGUAGUUGCAGGCCAUUCAUUGGGGUAGAUGGAUGUCACUUGAAGACAAGUUAUGGAGGGCAGUUGUUAGUUGCAGUAGGAAGAGACCCUAAUGACCAGUAUUUCCCACUAGCUUUUGCAGUGCUGCUUGAUGAUAUUGGAGGCAUAGAUUGUCAAAGGUGGAUCUUUAUUUCGGAUCAGCAAAAGGGAUUAAUGUCAGUUUUUGAUGAUAUCUUGAAUGGAGUGGAACACAGGCUGUGUUUACGCCAUUUAUACAACAAUUUCAAGAAAAAACUUGGGGGAGGCCUAGUCAUUAGAGACCUCAUGAUGGGGGCUGCGAAGGCAACAUACCAUAAGGAAUGA